AUGUGCGGCGCCGACGUUUUCCUCGCCGUCCUGGCCGUCUUCUUCCCGCCCAUUGCCGUGUGGAUCAAGGUUGGCGUGUGCACUGCCGACUCCAUCAUCAACAUCGCCCUAUGCAUCCUGGGCUAUCUUCCCGGCCUGCUGCACGCCUGGUACAUUAUACUGAAAUACCCGGACUCAGAAGAACCCCGAUACGAACCGCUCGAGGGCGACGAUGUCGAGGGCGGUCGUCGAGUGACCUAUUACUACGUUUCUCGCCAGCCCAGCGCACCUCCUCAGCCCGAGAGAAGCUACGGCGCGACAAACACUACUCCGCCCCAUGUCCCAACCGGCACCAGACCUUCCGAGGGAAGCAGCAGCAAUGAGGCGGGCAACGGCCAUCCCCCCACCUAUGCCGAAGCUGUCAAGGGUGAUAACAAGGUGCAAACCCAGGACUAA